CGACUCAACCACUGUGCGCUCCGUCCAGUCCCCGGCUCCGUGGACCGUGCACUAGUACAAAGCCUAGGAUUUCCGCCAGCCACGUCUCCAACAUCCUCUCCUCUGUUCGUUCCCCGCCGCGAACGGAAUCCGAAUCCCCAAUGGCCGACCGCGCGCCGCCUCCGCCUCCGCCGCCCGCCGGGAUCGACUCCAGGAGCGGCUUCUGCGCGGCGACGCGGAUCUUCCACAGCACCCGCGCCCCGGGCGACCUCCCGCCGGAGUCGCUCCCGAUGACCGCGGCGGCCUACGCCUUCUCCCUCCUGUCGUCGUCGACGCUCCCCGGCCGCCCCGCGCUCGUCGACGCCGCCACUGGCAUUGCCAUCUCCUACCCGUCCUUCCUCGCCGCCGUCCGCUCCCUCGCGGGGGGGCUCUGGUGCUCCCUCGGCCUCCGCCCCGGGGACGUCGCGCUGGUUGUCGCGCCCUCGAGGUUGGAGGUCCCCGUGCUCGACUUCGCGCUCAUGUCCAUCGGCGCCGUCGUGUCGCCGGCGAACCCGGUGUCCACGCCCGAGGAGUACGCGCACCAGGUCGCGCUGUCCAGGCCGGUCGUCGCGUUCGCGGCGCCCGAGGUGGCCGCCAAGCUGCCCGAGCAUGUGAGGUGCGUCGUUAUCGGGUCGGAUGAGUACGGGAGGCUGGCGGCGUCCGACGGCCGCCGCGCGGCGGCUCCGGCGGCGGUGGCGGUGAAGCAAUCGGACACGGCGGCGGUGCUCUACUCGUCGGGCACCACAGGGCGGGUCAAGGCCGUCGCGAUCACGCACCGCAACCUCAUCGCGCUCAUGUCGCUGCACGCCGACAACCGGGAGAAGGUCGCGAGGGAGGCCGCCGAGGCCGGCGAGGAGCCGCCGCCGCCGGCGGUGACGCUGCUCCCCAUCCCCCUGUUCCACGUGUUCGGGUUCAUGAUGGUGCUCCGCUCCGUCUCCAUGGGGGAGACCUCCGUGCUCAUGGAGCGGUUCGACUUCAUCGCCGCGCUGCGCGCCAUCGAGCGCUACCGCGUGACGCUGCUGCCCGCGGCGCCGCCCGUGCUCGUCGCCAUGGUCAAGUACGAGGAGGCGCGCCGCCGCGACCUCUCCUCCCUGCUGGUCAUCGGCAUCGGCGGCGCUCCCCUAGGCCGCGAGGUCGCCGAGCAAUUCGCUUCCGUCUUCCCCAACGUGGAGCUUGUUCAGGGCUACGGUUUAACCGAAUCGUCUGGCGCGGUGGCUGCCACAGUCGGGCCAGAGGAAUCGAAGGCAUACGGAUCGGUCGGGAAGCUGGGGUCGCAUUUGCAGGCUAAGAUUGUAGAUCCCUCCACCGGUGAGGCCCUCGGACCAGGGCAGCGCGGCGAGCUUUGGGUCAGAGGCCCAAUCGUCAUGAAAGGUUACGUGGGUGAUGAUGAGGCGACCGCAGCAACGGUUGACUCAGAAGGCUGGUUGAAAACAGGUGACCUCUGCUACUUCAAUGAAGAUGGUUUUCUAUACAUCGUUGAUCGACUGAAGGAGUUGAUAAAGUACAAGGGAUACCAGGUACCUCCAGCAGAACUGGAGCAUAUUCUGCAGUCCCAUCCUGGAAUCGCUGAUGCGGCAGUUAUCCCAUAUCCAGAUGAAGAAGCUGGGGAACUACCAAUGGCUUUCAUAGUAAGGCAACCAGGUUCAAAUAUUACCAAGGAACAAGUCAUGGAUUAUGUCGCAAAACAGGUUGCGCCAUACAAGAAGGUGCGACGAGUGGCUUUUGUCACUGCAAUACCAAAAUCGCCUGCAGGGAAGAUCCUUCGGCGGGAGCUUGUGCAGCAGGCCCUGUCGAUGGGUGCCUCCAAGCUUUGAAAUGUGUAAUUUGCUGCAGUAGUCUAGUAGAGAAUAUUUUGCUUACAUAUAGUGAACUGGAGAUUUAUAGGCCUCAAGCUUUACCAAUUAACACCUCCUUUGGAGGCUGAGAAAUUUUGGGGGGAAUUUUGGAGGACUACGAAAAUUAUGUAAAUUCCCAUGUUCCAGAGCUAGUAUAUUUUAGCUCAACAACACGGCCUCCAAAUGUCCAAUCAUAUUUCCAUGUCUACACCGUAUAUUUUCUGCAUGGAUUUACAUAUGGCAGUUUUCCAUUUUGAU